AUGGGCAAACGAGGUCGUAAACCAAUGAAAAUUGAUUCGGAUACACAAUUAGAGAAAAGUCGGGAAAGUGCUCGACAAUGUCGUCGUCGAAAAAAACUUCGAUAUGAAUAUCUAGAAGAAUUAGUUGUUGACCGCGAAAAGGCCAUUGUAAAAUUACAUGAAGAACUGCAACGACUUCGAUCAAUCUGUCAACAUAUAGAUCAGCAAGGCGUCAACAGUGACAUACGUCAAGAACUAAAACAAUGGAUGGAAGAUCCCGAAGUUAUUAAUCAAGCCCAAUAA